CUGACGGCGAGGCUUUAGUGAGAGAGCUACGGAGAUGACGAAGAGUACUCCGAUGGUGCUGCUGCUAUUUUCAGUGGUGGCGAUCCUGCCGUCGUGUCUGGACGCGAUUGAGUCGCCGCAGUACACGGUGGUGCACACGGAAUCCGAAUUCGAGAUCAGACAAUACCGAGACGCCGCGUGGAUGUCUGCUCCCGUCAAAGACAUCUCCUUUGAAAAAGCCACCAGAAAUGGCUUCCACAGGCUGUUCCAGUACAUUCAAGGUGCCAAUUUGAAUUCCUCUCGGAUUGCAAUGACUGCUCCUGUGCUGACAAGCAUAGUCCCUGGAGCCGGCCCUCUGCACUCGUCCGCUUACUUUGUGAGAUUCUAUUUGCCUGUGAAGUUUCAAGCUUCCCCACCGACACCUCUCCCGGAACUUGACUUGGAACCUUAUAACUGGGACAAUCAUUACAUUGCCGUCCGGAAGUUCUCGGGAUUCGCAAGAGAUAGUAACAUUGUGCAAGAAGCGCAGAAACUUGCUACCAGCCUUGGCAGGUCUCCGUGGGCAAACUCGACAUCAGAAGAAAGUAGCUAUGCUUACUCGAUUGCACAGUAUAACUCCCCGUUCCGGUUUAUUGGGCGUGUGAAUGAAGUUUGGGUUGAUGUCGAUGCCUCUGGCUUAGAGGGUGAUAAAUACAGUGAAAGAGCCUCGUACUGAGAUUAAGGAUGUCAUCAUGUAAAUACCAGCAAACAUCCACAAGUUAAUGCUGGUGCGGGAAUAAGAUCUUGCAAAAUUACACAAGCAGAUGGAUAUCAAGCAUCCUAUGGUAUCCCUACAUGUGAGUGCAUCAUUUUAUUCUGAGACUUGUAUGCCACUGAAUAUUAAAGAUAACUAAUGAGACGAAUUAAAGGACCUGUAUCAUCUGAGCCCCAUUAAACUUCUGAAAUAUCAAGUACAGUACCUAAUUACUCUAUAAAGACUUGGCCUUAACACCAGUCUUAAGCAUCAAUUUUACAUAGCAAACUUCCAUCUUCAUGGCCAAGACUGGAACUUGAUAUUCAGACA